GCCGGAGGGUUUUGGGGGGGGUUGGUUCGCGAAGGUUCUGGAAGGGGCUUGGGGCGCCUCGCGGGGCGCGGAGCGUUGGGGCGGCUGCGGCGCCAUGGGGCUGGGGCUGUGGGCGGCGGUGCUGGCCCUGGGGCCGGUGCUGGGGGCGGCCUGGAUUGAGCCCGUCUUCCCCGGCAUCGCCGAUAAGGCUUUCAUCAGGGACUGCGUGAGCACCCACAACGAGUACCGCCGCAGGGUCCAGCCCGCCGCCAGCAACAUGCGGCACAUGACCUGGGAUGCAGCUUUGGCAAGGACGGCCAGGGCAUGGGCAAAUAAAUGCCUUUUUAAACAUAACAUAUAUUUAAGUAUGAGGUAUCAAUGUCAUCCUACUUUUGCAUCUGUUGGAGAGAAUAUUUGGGUUGGAAGUCAUCAAAUAUUUGAUGUUCGGACUGCCAUUAGAACAUGGCAUAAUGAGAACAGAUUCUACAAUAUCUCAGUGCACACAUGUGCUAAGUAUUGCAAUCAUUACACGCAGGUUGUUUGGGACAAUUCGUACAAACUAGGCUGUGCUGUUGUUUUUUGUAAGGAAGUUGCAGGAAUAAGAAAUGCAGCAAAUUUUAUUUGCAACUAUGGACCAAGCGGUAAUUUUCCAAGGAGACCAUAUAAAGAAGGAGUACCCUGCAGUCAAUGUUCAAAAGGGGACACCUGUAGAUAUAAAUUGUGUAGAAAUGCAGAACGUGAUAAAAUUAUCUAUUACUCAAGAUGGCAUCCCCCUUGGGAGUUCAGAAUUAUAUGUGAUGAGGCUUGUGUCACGCUUAUAGUUUCGAGAGCAUUGUUCAUGUUUCUUGUUGUUUUAAUUGUUUAUUUUAUCAAAAAGCACUUUACAAACAUGCAUAUGUCCACAUAACUGUAUUUGAAAUACAUACUAUAUUCUGAAGAUAAUCUCUAAUGAAUUAAGCAAAAAUCUUAUUGCGUUAACUUUAAUGACAGCUUUCUUUUCGAGUAAUUUUGUUACUACUUUAUGCUCUUUAUAAAAAGAUAACAUGCUAUAAAACUGAACAUACUUGUAGGUAAGACCCAGGCUGGGGAAAUAUUAAGCUAAAGAUGGCAUCUGAUAAGAUCCAAGGCAUUGUUUUUAAUUACCACAUUUACAUAUUUAACUGCAUUUAAUUACCAAAUUUGCAUAUUACAUUCCUGGAAGACAAGGAGAAAAUUAAUUAUCAGUUAAAUAACUGUUACGAUUCAUCCUAAGCCAGUAUUUGAAAUGACAAUUGCUGAAUUUAGAUGCUGAGAGGAAGUACAUUUUAUUAUGUACUCAGUCCUGUUUCCUAGAGUGAUAGAAUGUUCCGACUAAAAUAUAUAAAGUAAGAAGGUUCUGUAGAAACAGUUCUUUAGAAUUCUUGAUGUUUGACAAGUUAGUACAAUUUGGUUUUUAUUCAGUAAUGUAUUUAUUGUUCCUCCUUCAAAGUAAAAUGUUAAACCUUGUGUUUCAUUUAUAAACUUUUUAUUUUCUUUGUUUUAACCUGUACUGUUAAUUAUGCAUAAAGUAUUUCUUGUUCUGUAAGUGUUCUAAAGUUUUAAUAAUAAAUUUUAUUUUUUCUGGAAA